UGUACUCAAAUUAGACGGUUUAUAUCUUUUGUAAAUACAUGCAAAAUCCUUAAUGCUGUUAAUCUACCGUAUACAGAUAAACGUAUCAGUCUACAUGUUUAUCAAGCAGCUCCGUGUCUUGGUAACCCGUUUCAGGAAUUAUUUUCCCCAAUGUAUUCUUCAUCAUCAGCGAUUUGGCAACAGAGGAGGAAAUAAUUGUUUUAAUGUGCGGCUGUGGCGACAGAAGAGCCAAACGCAAGAAACUGUGAGCUUGUGUAAACGAGGACCGACAAUUAGGAGAUUAUUACUGUUUUCUUUUCCAAGCAGUGUACGUGACAAUGGAGUAACGGAUCCAGCCUCUCUGCACGUCCGUCGGCUCGUUCAAUUCACAUGGGACAGAUGUUUACCCCACUGACGCGGAGCGCGAGCGCGCGGCGCAGCAGCUCUGUCCUAUGGCAGCACGUGCAGAAGCUUCGUGAACUUCAGUAAUUAGUAAUUAGCGUCUGGCUGAGCUAUUUUACGACUAAGCGAAGGGGAGUCUGUUGUGAUUAUUUUUCUACAGGUUGCUCAGGCUGUGCGCAACAUCUUUUGUCAGUGUCUAAUUUGGCGCAGCUGGACCUGCAGCCGUGCAAAGGAGUCUGCCGCUGUCCCUCAGUCUCUGGGUCUCUGCCCACUUGAAAGCCCGCUCUUCGCGCUCAGGUGUGACAUUUCUGGAGUGCCUCGUUAAAGCCCGCCGAUAAUAUGACGGACUCCACAGCGCCAGACCCUACCUCCACCCCGGACCCGACUGGAACAGUAGUCCCCACGGCGGUGAACGGGCAGUGCGAGCAGGUGGACCCCCAGCAGCAACAGCCCAACACAGAAAGUCAGGAAGAGGGUUUCAAGAUGGACCAGGAAAUGAAGAUUACAGACAGCAUAGAGGACGGAGGUCUUCUGGAAAGCAGUAUGCGUCUAAAGCCUCAUGAAGCACAGAGUUACCGAAAGAAAGCUCUGUGGGUGUCCUGGGCAUCCAUUGUGGUCACCAUUGUGCUUGCCAUUGUUGCUUUUACUGUUUCCUUUAUGCGCAGCAGUGCUUCAGCUUUUGGAUUUGCUUUUGAUGCCGCGCUGGACGUGUUGUCCUCUAUCAUUGUAUUGUGGCGGUACAGCAACGCUGCCGCUGUCCACUCAGCACACCGGGAAUACAUAGCUUGUACUAUCCUGGGUGUGAUUUUCAUUCUGUCAUCCUUGUGCAUUCUGGGUAAGGCCAUCCAUGAUCUUGCCACCAAGCUGUUACCUGAAGUGGAUGACUUCCUGUUCAGUGUGUCCAUCAUCAGCGGCUUGCUGUGCAUCAUCCUGGCUGUGAUCAAGUUCAUGCUUGGGAAAGCGCUCACAAGUCGAGUCCUGAUCACUGAUGGAUUUAACUCCCUGGUGGGGGGAAUCAUGGGGUUCUCUAUCCUCAUCAGUGCUGAGGUGUUUAAGCAUGAACCCAAAGUGUGGUACCUGGACGGAACAAUAGGUGUCCUGAUUGGCCUGGUCAUCCUCGCCUAUGGGGUCAAGCUGCUGUUGGACAUGAUCCCACGAGUCCGACAAACCAGGAACUACGAGCGUUUUGAGUGAUGGACCACAGAGGGAGAAGAGGGGUGGAGGGAUUGGGAGAGAUGAAGAGGGGGUGGCUGUCUGACUGGCAGGAGAGGAACGGGGGUUGCAGUGCCUUCGGUCUUUCCACAGACAAUCAUAUUGAGUCUUCGAGGUGCCUGUGGAGGCUUCGGUGUCUGUACAGUCUCCCAUUCAGAGAUGUGAGUUGAGUAUCCGGGCAGAUGAUGACAGUGUCAGCAGAGAUAACUUUUGGUACCUUUUAAGUGUUUUACAGUUUGAUGUGCAUAUAAUAUAUUUAUCUGUCUUGUAACAGUGAGUGGGGCGGUCUUUUCUCUCGUGCCUCCAUAUUUGAACAUGAGGGUUAAAGAGAUUAAAGCUGUGAAAGCGAGUUAAACUCGCUUAAAAAGUAGCUGACUGUGUUGUAGAAGUAAAAGAAACAAGCAAACAGGACAGAGACGAGGUUGGACCACAGUGUCCAGGAGACGUGUGGUCCACAACUUUGUAAAGGCAACAGAUGUUUGUACAGCAAGUUGAUUUACAGUACUGCAGGUCAUCACUCUGUAACAAAGUACAGUAGCAGUUUAUUUUUCCCAUGGCUCCUUGAGGCCUUUGCUCAGUUGUGCUGUAAAAUAUGGUGCAGUGCAACAGGUCAAACUGAUGUAGCAGUGGAAUAUUAAUGGUGUUUUACCAUUUCUGUGACUACACGAAGGGUAUAUCAGUACCAGGCCCGUUUGGCACAGUGAGCAGGUACAUGAGCACACACAGAGGCUGCGUAAGAUGAUUUGUGGUUUACAAUAUUUAUCUAGACGGUUGUGGCAGGAGCAGGAACUCUGAGUGGGCACGGAUUCACCUACAUACCUGAUGCCAGUGACAUAUUACAAGAGGAUUUUUACUUUUCAUUUGUGAAGCUGACACAAAUUUGUACCUUCACUACCUGCACCAUCUGCUGACCAGUAGAGGUACCUGCUGUAUAAAUGUGAAUGUUGUUGAAUGUGUAUCAAACACAGCUGUGCUUCUAUGUACACCAUCCCCUGAAGUGUCCUACAGAUUAAGCUCUUUGCAGAGAUGACAUUUAAAGGUCAGAUACAUGAGGGAAAAGAAGUGUCAGCACUGAGUUUAUUAGAGAUGCAAGUUUUCAGUCAUGCCCUUUUGUUGAGGGUUGAGGAGCUUGGGCCAUUGCACAUGUAUGAAUAUGUGUAACCUUCUAGUGUGGCCAGGGUAAUGCCUGACAAAGGUCCACUGUGGAAGCUUGUCUGUACUGAACUCUACUUGAACUCCUUUCCCCUACUCAUUACUUUGAGUACCUACUUUGAAAUAUUUCAACAUAGUGUGAAGGAUUCCCCCAUCUAGCAGCCUCAGUGCUGGUGGUUCAGUUCCCUAGUGGUCAGGAC